AUGAUUGACUCGCUAAUGGAAUCAUUCAGUGAUGCUUCAGCUUCUUUUACGCCCAGAGUAGCUCUGAAGCAAAUCAUCGAUGAAGACAACAAUGAUUCAUACACACGGACCCUGCAACAGAUCAAAGCUCGCUUACGUGUAGUCAUACCAUGCAUGAACCUCGCAACUGAUCGACGUGGCUUCCUGAUAAGAGCAAACCAGAUGUGGAUGACAAAUAGCGAAUACGUAUUUCUAAUGCUCAACAUACGUUGCACUGGCUUCGGAAGAGCUAGAGCGGAAAAAGAGAUUCCUGCGAACGGCUUGGCGCCCGUUUGGGAAGACAGUGUUAACGGCAACAUUGAUGGCAUGGACUCUGUGGCUAACUCAGCUGCAAAAUAUAUGAUUGCGAUGAGCGAUCUUCAAAUAGGAACAAGAUCGUGGAUGAUUUCUGCAUUUGCAGCUCGACUUGAACACCGAUAA